AUCUAGUGUCUUUGAGUUGUUAGUAACUUGCCGAUUGUGUUUGACAGAAUUGACGCGUGUUUGUUUUUCUUUAAAUCGGCAGUUGCAGUGUUAAGUUGCUCAUCGUAGUACGGUGCGUUCCUAGAGUAUUUCGCCAGUACAAAUAACCCGUUGCGCAUUACGUAAGUAGCGUAAACGAAGGAAACAGAGCGUCAUGACAGAAGAUAUUGUAGAUUCUGUGAUUAGAUAUGGGCUAUAUUUCGGUGCAGUGUUUCAGUUAGUAUGCAUUGCUGCUGCUGUUAUUAUGCCUGACAGUACGGGGGAUACAAAUUCGGUAUUGAAGGAUUUAGAAAUGAGUGAUGACGAAGGCUCUGAGCACAGCACUCCACAGGCAACUCCACGGAGGCCACAUAUUCACCAUCGACCACGAAAACAGGAGAAGAAGAAACGCCGAUGAGCAAAAUUUAUGGGAGUUCCUUCUUAACAAUUAAUGAACAGUAUUAAAUAAAACUGAAUCUCUUUUGAAUGAUCUAGUAAAGAGUUCAGGGAUAGGAGUGAAUUACUUUCUAAUUUUGUGCAAAGGGGAAUGAGAUCACCACGAAACCAAAAAUCAGAGGUAUACACCAUUUACUAUCAUUCCAUUUCUUCCUUUCUGUACAGGUUGUAAGGCCACUUUUGCUUUGUUCAUCUGACAUAAAAUAAGUAUGCAGCUUUUUAUUAAA